CAAUCCCUGAAGGUAGCAGGAAUAUAUGAGAAGGAGAGAGAGAGAGAGAGAGAGAGAGAGAGAGAGACAGAGAGACAGAGAGACAGAGAGACAGAGAGACAGAGAGACAGAGAGACAGAGAGAGAGAGAGAGAGACAGAGAGAGAGAGAGAGAGCGAGACAGAGGGACAGAGAGAGAGACAGAGAGAACAACUCUUCAGAGGGCUCAGUCAGGUUGUACGGAGCACGAACUGCUUCCAAAAAGGGUUGUUUCUACACGGACACGUUUGGGACACAAUGAAUGUUUACCAAACAUCAGAGAAGGAGAGCAUCUCAGGGCUGUCUUACAGGAAAAGAAGUGAUAGUGUUCUAUGGAAUUGUGAAUGUAAUGCCACCAUGGAGAUGAAUCCAGAGGCCCUACCUUCCCUGAACUACAGGGAAGAGGACCCCCCUCCCAACAAACACCUCAAGUACCACACCAGCCUGCAGAACAUGAUCCCAUUCCGCUUCUCAAACAAGUCCAACCCCAUGGACGACGCGGGCUUCUUCUCCUUCACCUCGUUUGCCUGGAUGACUCCCAUGAUGUGGAGCCUGUUCAGGAACCAACUGGACAGGACCUCCCUGUCUCUGUCUUCUCAUGAUGGGGCCGAAACCAAUGGGAAGAGGUUUGAGAGGCUUUGGGAGGAAGAGGUAGCUCAGGUGGGACUAGAGAAAGCUUCUUUAGGCAGAGUCUUCAUGCGCUUCCAAAGGACCCGAUCACUGGUGGCCUUCCUCAUCACCAUCUUCUUCACGCUCUCUGUGUUUAUCGGACCGGCGGUUCUGGUGUAUGAGAUCCUGAAAUAUGCAGAAGCCCCUGGGACGUCUACUCUGCUCCACGGUGUGGGUCUGUGUGUGGCUCUGUUCAUCUCAGAGUUCUCGAAGGCCUUCUUUGCCUCUCUACUGUGGGCGGUGAACCUGAGGACGGCCAUCAGGGUGAAGAGUGCUUUCUCUGUCGUCGCCUUCCAGAAGAUCAUCUCUCUCAGAUCCGUCAGCAACCUCUCUGUGGGAGAGAUGAUCAACGUGCUGACCAGUGAUGGCUACCGGAUGUUUGAGGCUGUGCUGUUUGGUACCUUCCUGCUAUGUAUCCCUGUGCUACUGAUCGCCUGUAUGAUCUACGCCUGCUACACCCUAGGAUACACGGCCCUCAUAGGAGUCUCUGUCUACCUCGUCUUCAUCCCCAUACAGUUUUUCAUGGCCAGACUGAUCCAAGUGUUCAGGAGGAAAGCGGUGAGCGUCACAGACACCCGUGUCCGCACCAUGAACGAGGUUCUCACCUGCAUCAAACUCAUCAAGAUGUACGCCUGGGAAACCUCCUUCGAAGAGAAAAUCACCGACAUCAGGAAGAAUGAGAAGCAGCUGCUGGAGAUGGCUGGCUACAUCCAGAGUAUCAACUCCUCCAUCACAACCAUCAUCCCCACCCUGGCAACCAUCCUCACCUUCGUUGUCCACACCAUGCUGGGCCUGCCCCUCAGCUCCUCGGAAGCUUUUACCACAAUCGCCAUCUUUAACUCCAUGCGGUUCUCCCUGGGUUUGCUGCCGUUCUCUGUCAAAGCCAUAGCCGAGGGACUGGUAUCGCUAGCCCGGCUAAAGAAACUGCUGAUGACACAGAACCCAGACUCGUACCUGGUCCAGAGACACGGGUCCUCCUCGGCCCUGGUCAUGGAGAAGGCAACAUUCACCUGGGCCAGGCCUGAAGGACAGACAACCACUACGGCACCAGGCACCACAGCCUCUCUGAACGGAGGGAAGGUGGAACCACAGGGCCAGAACGGGACUCACACACCAGGCAAGACCGAGGCCAAGCCCACCCUGAGAAACAUCUCCUUCAACCUGCCUAAGGGAAACCUGCUUGGUAUCUGUGGCAACGUGGGAAGCGGGAAGACAUCGCUGAUAUCGAGCAUCUUAGAACAGAUGCACCUGCAGCAUGGUUCAGUCACAGCAGACGGAGAGUUUGCCUACGUUUCCCAGCAGGCCUGGAUCUUCCACGGUACGGUCCAAGACAAUAUCUUGAUGGGGGAACCCUUCAACCAGACCAGGUAA